AUGAUGGCUGUGGACAUCGAGUACGGAUAUAACUGCAUGGCUCCUUCCUUGCGCCGAGAGAGGUUUGCCUUUAAGAUCUCACCAAAGCCCAGCAAACCACUGAGGCCUUGUAUUCAGCUGAGCAGCAAGAAUGAAGCCAGUGGAAUGGUGGCCCCGGCUGUCCAGGAGAAGAAGGUGAAAAAGCGGGUGUCCUUCGCAGACAACCAAGGGCUGGCCCUGACAAUGGUCAAAGUGUUCUCGGAAUUCGAUGACCCGCUAGAUAUCCCAUUCAACAUCACCGAGCUCCUAGACAACAUUGUGAGCUUGACGACAGCAGAGAGUGAGAGCUUUGUUCUGGAUUUUUCCCAGCCCUCUGCAGAUUACUUAGACUUUAGAAAUCGACUUCAGGCCGACCACGUCUGCCUUGAGAACUGUGUGCUCAAGGACAAGGCCAUUGCAGGCACUGUGAAGGUUCAGAACCUCGCAUUUGAGAAGACCGUGAAAAUAAGGAUGACGUUCGACACCUGGAAGAGCUACACAGACUUUCCUUGUCAGUACGUGAAGGACACUUAUGCCGGUUCAGACAGGGACACGUUCUCCUUUGACAUCAGCUUGCCCGAGAAGAUUCAGUCUUAUGAAAGAAUGGAGUUUGCUGUGUACUACGAGUGCAAUGGACAGACGUACUGGGACAGCAACAGAGGCAAGAACUAUAGGAUCAUCCGGGCUGAGUUAAAAUCUACCCAGGGAGUGACCAAGCCCCACAGUGGACCGGAUUUGGGAAUAUCCUUUGACCAGUUCGGAAGCCCUCGGUGUUCCUAUGGUCUGUUUCCAGAGUGGCCAAGUUACUUAGGAUAUGAAAAGCUGGGGCCCUACUACUAGUGACUGCAGGUGACAGGGCGUGGCGGAGCUGCCGUAGACAAGCCUAGCUCUGCUCACUGUGCAGUGGAGAUGGAAGGCCAGGGAGGAGCAACGUGGAACUUCCAUGAGGCCCCGUUUGGGAAAAUAAAAGGAUCCUCUUCACUUCUUUCUUAAACAGCAAAUCCAGCCAGGUUCAGAUUACACAACCAGUGUCUCACUCAAAGGAGCAGUGGUGGCUGGCGCGCUUUCGCACUGUGGCAGCCACGAGAGUCUGUGCAUGUCUGUGCUGGAAAGGGUAUGGAUGGGAAUCAAGCCUAUGCCAAUGCUGAUGAAGCUGGAGGAGUCUCUCCUCUGCUCUCCACUCAGAUGUGGGACAUCAGUCGCCAAAAGCCACUCAGCCCCAGCCACCUCGCGUCAGACCCUCACUGUUCAUUGUGUUCAUCUUUGGGUGCUCUCUGCCAGCCAGGCCUUUCCUGCAAGCUGCUGUGCUUCCCCGUCCACGUGUAUCUCUGCUGUGACACACUGACCUGACGCACAUUUCCAGUGCAGCUGCAGAAGAGAAAGGGGAUUGGCUCUUGUUUUCUGCAAGUUCAUCUUUUGCAUUUUAUGUUCUUCCACAAUUGAUCUGACGUUCAGGAAAAGAUAAUAAAGGCAAAUUAGUUAGUGGUUGAGACAGGCAUUUCCUCCUCCCGCUUCUUGACCCCACAGAUAUAUUCCAGCAGAGAGCAACACAGCAGUCAUCAAAACCCACUGGCUCCUGUGCAGUGUCACAGAUUGCAGGGUUCUGACAAGGCAGGACAGUCAAGAGUGGGGACACUUUCAGCUUCUACUUUUGCCUUCUAGGGGGAGCUUUCUAAGUCCCCACAUUUACCCCGAGUCACCGGAAAAAUCUGAUUUUUCCCCGGAAAGCUCAAUGACUUUAACGUGCUUGGCUGGUUUGUCUCAUUCUUUAUGAAAGAAUUUUGGGGCCGGGCGCGAUGGCUUAUGCCUGUAAUCCCAGCACUUUGGGAGGCCAAGGCAGGCGGAUCACAAGGUCAGGAGAUCGAGACCAUCCUGGCUAACACGGUGAAACCCUGUCUCUACUAAAAAUACUAAAAAAUUAGCCGGGCGUGGUGGCCGGCGCCCGUAGUCCCAGCUACUUGGGAGGCUGAGGCAGGAGAAUGGCGGGAACCUGGGAGGCGGAGCUUACAGUGAACCCAGAUCACACCACUGCACUCCAGCCUGGGCGACAAAGCGAGGCUCCGUCUCAAAAAGAAAAAAAAAAGAGAAUUUUGAAUCUCCUUUCCCAAAGAGUCAUCUUUUCUGCUGUGUUUAGGACAUUUGAUUUGCAUAUCCAAUAUCUCCUCGAAACCUUGAGAAAAUGGUUUUAUCUUGACUGUGAUUCACAAUAUCUAGAACACUUUACCAGCACCCAGGGACAUGGACUUGGGUGUUCUUAUUUAUGGUGUGUAUGUAAAGAGAUAGGGGAGAAAAACCUCACCCAAGUUAUACGUUAUUUUAAAUGUUUGCCAACUCUGAAAUUUCAGAGAUUCAUUGUUCUUAACCAUAUUGGACUAAAGUCUGUUGGUUAGUGCUGUUGUAAAAGAGACCUCUGGGGCCGAGUGUGGUGGCUUAUGCCUGUAAUCCCCGCACUUUGGGAAGCCAAGGCGGGCAGCUCACCUGAGGUCAGGCGUUCAAGACCAGCCUGGCCAACAUGGUGAAACCUCGUCUGUACUAAAAAUACAAAAUUUAGCUGAGUGUGGUGGCAGGCGCCUGUAAUCCACCUACUCGGGAGGCUGAGGCAGGAGAAUCACUUGAACCCAGGAGGUGGAGGUUGCAGUGAGCCGAGAUCAUGUCACUGCAUUUCAGCCUGAGCGACAGAGUGAAACUGUGUCUCAAAAAAGAGAGAGACUUCCGGGACAAUCAUUAUCAGAUAGGCCCCAAACCUGUGAUUUUUCUUGGGCAAGAUUGGUGUUUACUUAGGGGUGCUUUAAAAAUAUAUUUUUACAAGUAUAUUUUUAGGAAGUUGGUUUUUUAUUUUCUAUUUUUGUUUGUUUUUGGAGUUUGGUUAAAUGACUCUUUUAUUUUCUGUUUUGCCUGAUCUUACUAAAGUGAAGUUUUCCUAAGGCAAGCAAGAAGAGGAGUGGAAGCACAGUUGCCUGGAUUUGGAGGCAGAGUUGUCAGGCUUUUCAAGCUAAGAGUCUUGUGCUUGGAUUUUCCAGAUUAAUUUGAAAAGACCUCCCAUUUGUGGCUUUGUACAUAACCAACAGGCAGAUGUUGAGUGCCUUGGCUCCUAGAGUUUUGUGGUUGGGUUAGGUUGUUUUUGUUGUUGUUUUGUUUUGGUUUUGUUUUCAUUUCUGAAGUUUAAGAUGCCUUGACUUUUUAAAUGCUCUUAAGGCUAUUCGAUAUAAUUCUUACUCCUAAAACUGGCUGUUCUUAGCCUGAAAUCUAAUGCUUUGUUUUUUGUACCUCUCCCAGGUGGGUAACACUCUAGGAUUACAUGAUAUUAUAAUUUUAGGGGAAAUCACAUUUUUACCUUAUGCUGUUACUGGGCAGAACCAUGUUUUAUGUAAACAUACCAGACAUCGGGUAACAGAGAGUACUUUAAAUGUUAUAAAUAUGGUGAUCAGAACUAUUAAUAGCAUAAAUCGAACUCAAAUGGAAGCAAAACUGAUUUCAUGCAGGUCCUGAAUUUUACUUUGCCUUAAGAAGUGCCCUCCCCACAAUGCAGGAAAGGCACAGAGUGCACUGUCAUUGACAUGUUACCCGACUAAGGAUCAUUCUGUGUUCUUAAGAAAAAGGCCUGAAGUGACUCUGUUUAAUAAAGUCAGUUUAAUUUUAUCUAAUAAUGAUCUUAAGACAUACCCAUGUCAAAAUUUGAAAUAUGGUAAUUCAGUGAUAACUAUCUCUUCUAAAGCAGCCGUAAACCCUCCCCACUACCCGUCUUUCUCCCAGCUCACCCCGGCUUUUUUUUGCUGGGGGUGCUGGAUGCAAGCCCCCAGCCAGCACACCUGGGAUGCUCACCCUGCCGCACAGUUCAGAAGGCAAGUCCUCACCUGCUUGCAAAGACCCUUGUUCUCCAAUAAAAGACUCCACUUGCGUGAGUUUCCUCAUCAGGGCUGUCAUUCAGUGAUGUAUGGGGGUCUGAAGAAUACUGCCUUCUAUCUGUCUUCUCUUUACCACUCGCUCCUCUGCUACCCUCCUGCCGCAAACAGUCUUCUUCCUUUUGGCCCACUUCUGUCCUGUGAAAUUCUCAGAAGGCCUCAGGAGCUGCACUGAUGUAUUCUCUCCUUGUUUGAUAGCUCAUCAUCAGUAGAUAAGCCUACACACUUCAGAGGGUGACAGGUUUCUUACUUGGAGACUUCACUGCACCUUGACUUGUAGAUUUGCCUUCAGACAGCUCUUGGUUAUGGUAACAAGUGGCCUCCGAGUCCCAGGAUCUUUCCCAGGUUGCCCCAGAAAGACCAGCCACCUGUCACAGGUGCAGUUGUCCGGCAAUAGGGAAGCAACUUCAUUUUUGUUUUAUAUUUAUUCCCUCAAGUGCCCUGAGGAGCAUUUGCAAACUGGGUACAAUAAAUAAGCUGGAUUAUACAAAGAUAUUUAAUAAAUAAGCUUUCAGUAUCUAUUGGAAGACAUGAAGCAUUUGAGUGGGUUUCUUUAUUUAAAAAAUUAUUCUACUGGAGCUGGUGAGAAAUAAUGAAGCUGUGCAGUUCUCCAGAAAUUAUAACAAUGUCAGAGUCAAUGGGAGAAUUUAAUUUACCUUUAAGAUUUCAUUUUAAUGGUGGCAAAAUUAUACGUUUUUAGAAGAUGUAAAUUUGGAACUGUUAGGAGAUUGCUCUGUGGUUUUGAUCUUUUCAAACCAUUUUCUUUUUGAAAAAAGGCAUUAGUUGUAGUCAUGGACAUUAAAUGGGCCAUAUAUGCUUAUCAAUCAAAAAAGUGUUCUUUUUUUGGAACUGCCCAUUUUCUGGAUCUUCCCUCUCAAUGGAUAGGGGAUGAAAACCUUGGUUGCCUUUUAUUUGUUUCCUCUUCUAAAAUUUCUCACCUGAAUGUAGUCCUGGGAGAGUCCCGAUCACGUCUCUCCUGACAUGUUCACUGAAAUCGGAGACAAGAAGUUACAUGGAUGAUGGGAUCUUACAGGGUCACACAAAGACAAUUUGGCAGCUUAUCUUAAUUUCCUGCAGUGAGACAACACAUGUGGAACUGGGAAGGACAGCUGUUGUUACGAGCAGUUUUUCCUGGUCAUCGUUGUAAAGCUCUGCAACCCACAUUGUAAAGCCGUGAAUGUUUUCAGUCUUGUUGACGAGUUUUUAGAGACUGCUGGACCUCUGAGGGCUUUGAGAGUGCAGCUGUGAUGAUGUUUCACUAUUACUUCAGUGUGAAUGUAGAACCAAGGACUCAUCUUCAUUUUAUACCUAAAAGUGCCUUGUCAAGAAAUUUCUGCAUGUUUUAAAAGAUAAAUAUUUUUGUACACAGAGUUCAAGGGGAAAUGCACUUUAAAAAUCCCAAGAAUGGAUGUUCUUUGUGUGGUAUGAGAGGUUGGUUUGUAUCUCAAAAGCAAAAAUGUAAUAAAGGAAGACAAAACAAAA